AGCUCGCCUAUAAGAAGGGCCUGCUUCGCAUCCUUGUACCACAUCAAUCAACGGCUUCUUCUUCUUCAUCUUCAUUCUUCAACAUGCUCUUCAACGCCCUCAUUGCCUCUAGCAUCGUCGCUUUUGCUUCGGCAGCACCAGCUCCAGUUGACUACAAGACAGUCGACUACUCUGGUGUUGAUUGGAACACAGUCAAAUACGAUGUCGACUGGAAGACUGUUGACUACUCCGGUAUCGACUGGAACACAGUAAAGUACGACGUUGACUGGAAGACCGUCAACUACGGUGCUCCUACGCCAGCUGCUGCUGCCGCUGCUGGCCCUACCCCUGUUGGAUCUCCUACUGCUGCCUCAUCUGCUGCACCUGCGGCCACUUCUGCUCCAGCAGUCGCAAAUGCCUUCAACUUCAUCUCGACCCGCUCCGGCGACAUCAAUGUGCACUUGAUGCCAUUGUACGCCAAGGGCAACGCCAUUCGCAUUGGUGGCACAGCACCUACUUCGCAAACCCCCAAUGUCCCUCAGCUUGCUGGCUUUCCUACCACAAGCACGACUUCUUUCCUUAUUGCAAGCGGUCGCGCUGCUCUUGCAGUCUCCGUUCCUGGUGGCCAGCAGGUCUACGUCAACUCUGACGGCCGUCUCUCGUACACUGUUCCUCACUCUGGCAACACUGGCACUGGUUCUACAGUGACAGGCUUUUCUGUUGCUUCGUCUGGCAGCAGCAACGUCAACCUGAACUUCAACGGGAAGAACAGCUUCCUUGCUUGCCCAGUAUCUGGUUCAGCUGGCGAGUACGACAUCUACGCCGCUGAGAAGACGACCAGGACUGACUGCACUGGCAUCAGCAUCCUCGGUACCCCAAACGCCAACCCUCCUCAGGCAUGGCAGUGGUAGAUUUCCAUAAGAUACUAGUCCAUAAUGAUAAUGCUGAUGAUACCUA